AUCCCGCGGUCCCUCCACUCCUUCCACCUCCUCCUUCACCUCCGUCCCUCCAAACUUGACUCCCUCGCUAUUCUGACACCACUUCCCCAGUUCCAUACCCCCUACUCGAAUCUUUCUCGCAUCCCUAUUCCUAUUCAAUCCUAAUUCAUGGAUCUCGACGCAGGAGAUUCCCCGUGGGGCGACGUCCCAUCUCAGUCGCCUCCCACCCAUACCGCUCCCGAAACUGACACUCAAGAGACAACUCCCAACCAACCGACACAGCCAGCUAGCUCCAACAAUGCUUCGCGUUCUCCCGUCCGAAGAGGCCCCAGAGGCACCCGCCGGAUCAAUGCGCAGGCGACCAAGUUAGAAGCCGUCGACGAUUCUUUCGACCCCCUCGGCCCGCUUGGAGACAAGGCCACGGAGAGCAGCCCCAACGAACAGGCACCGACUCCACCGCAAAAGGAGGCAUUCGGCGCGCGCGGCGUGCGUCCGACUUCCUCGGCAUCGCAGGCGUCCAGCAGUGCGGCGCUGGGAGAGUCUGUCAACCUUGAAGAGGAUGGCGCGGGAUUCCGAGGCCCUCCGCCGGUCCAGCCCCCGAGUGACGCGGAGGGGUCGAAGCGACACUCCGAACCCAGCAUCAGCGUCGAGAAGGCCGCGAACCCGACCUUCGACAUUACUGUUGGGGACCCGCACAAAGUUGGAGAUCUCACGAGCAGUCAUAUCGUGUAUCAAGUCAGGACGAAGACGACCUCUAAAGCCUACAGACAGCCGGAAUUCACGGUCAGCCGGCGAUAUCGCGAUUUCCUGUGGCUCUACAACUCCAUGCACAACAACAACCCCGGCGUCGUUGUUCCUCCGCCCCCGGAGAAGCAAGCAGUGGGUCGGUUCGAUACGAACUUCGUCGAGUCUCGAAGAGCUGCCCUGGAGCGCAUGUUGAACAAGAUUGCGGCGCAUCCCAUCCUUCAACAUGACGGUGACCUGAAGAUUUUCCUAGAGAGCGACACGUUCAACCUUGAUGUGAAAAACAAGGAAAACCGGGAACCUGAUCUCGGGCAAAGCAAGGGCAUGUUCAGUUCUUUUGGGAUUAAUGUUGGUGGAGGUGGGAAGUUUGUUGAACAUGACGAUUGGUUCCAUGACCGCAAGAUCUAUCUUGAUGCCCUGGAGAAUCAGCUGAAGGCGUUGCUGAAGUCUGUCGACUCCGUGGUGGCUCAGCGGAAAGGAUUGGCCGAAGCAGCGGGCGACUUUUCUGCAUCAAUUCACGCCUUGGCUGCUGUCGAGCUCUCGCCUGCACUGUCGGCCCCCCUGGAGGGUCUUUCCGACCUUCAGCUGCGCAUCAGGGAGUUGUAUGAGCGUCAAGCACAGCAGGAUGUUCUCACCCUCGGAAUCACCAUCGACGAGUACCUGCGCCUGAUUGGCAGUGUCAAGACAGCGUUCACUCAACGACAAAAGGCAUUCCACAGCUGGCAUGCGGCGGAGGCUGAAUUACAGAAACGCAAGCACACCCAGGAAAAACUGCUCAGACAAGGAAAGACUCAACAGGAUCGCCUCACGCAAGUCAAUGCCGACGUGGCCGAUGCUGAACGCAAAUCCCACCAGGCACGGUUGUUGUUCGAGGAUAUGGGCCGGUUGAUGCGGAAUGAACUCCAGCGGUUUGAGAAGGAGAAGGUGGAGGACUUCAAGUCUGGUGUCGAGACAUUCUUGGAGAGCGCCGUCGAAGCCCAGAAGGAGUUAAUCGAAUUAUGGGAAACCUUCCUGAUGCAGCUCGACGCGGGAGAAGAAGGCAAUCUGCUGUAUGGUGCACCUGGGGCAGGCGAUGCUCCAGCCGAAACAGUUCCGGAGACAGCUCCAGCCGAAGCAGCGGAAGAGGCUUAGGUGAUAUCCCGUUCUUUCUCACCUCUGUAUAAGAUAACCCGCCACGACUCGCUGACGGCCCCCCAAAUGUCAUUGUCGUUAUACUCCCUUGUGUCUCAUUUGCAAUCCCUUGGUGCGGCGCACAGUUGUUCGUAUCCGGCGAGUCCUUGACCAGUACGCAACCCAGAUAACUGUUUAGCAGCGCAUUUAAGCCCUUACUUUUUUCCACCUCAUGUAGUCUAAUCCAACUGCCAAACUUGCAGCAAACAAACGAGAAAACAAAACUCCAUUCAAAGGGGUGCGUGGUAUGAUGACG